GUUGUUUACUUGAAAGGUGAGUUCUGAUAGCUCAUAUAUUCCUGGUUUCCCCCCUCCUCUACAUCAUACCCCGCCAUCCUGCCCCUCCUCCAUCUUCUUCUCCUUCCUCGCAUCCCUCUUCCAUCUCCUUCACCUGAAUCACCAGACAGGAAACCCCGGCAAAAUAAAGGUAAACCCAACUGAGCUUCGGUGACGGCCGUAGCCAAUUGCCCCAUCCGCAUUUGCUGAGCUCCAAGCAAAUCAGCUGUGCCCAAUCCCUUCUCCCCCGUCCGGCCUGUCUUUUUGGGUCAUCGGUGAACCUGGUCCCCCGCCGUUAGUCACACGUCGGCACUCGCCUUAAUAUAUCAUUGCCUUCGCUGCUUUUUUCUCCUCCUUUCUUGCAACCAGACUGAUUUUCAUUCUCCAUCAGAUCUUCUUCAUCCAAAAUGCCCAUCUCCAAGGUUCACGCUCGUUCCGUGUACGACUCUCGCGGUAACCCCACCGUUGAGGUCGACAUUGUCACCGAGACCGGCCUCCACCGCGCCAUCGUCCCCUCCGGUGCUUCCACCGGCCAGCACGAGGCUGUUGAGCUCCGUGAUGGUGACAAGUCCCAGUGGGGCGGCAAGGGUGUCCUCAAGGCCGUGAAGAACGUCAACGAGACCAUUGGCCCCGCUCUCAUCAAGGAGAACAUUGAUGUCAAGGACCAGGCCAAGGUCGACGAGUUCCUCAAUAAGCUCGACGGCACCGCCAACAAGGGUAACCUUGGUGCCAACGCCAUCCUCGGUGUCUCCUUGGCUGUUGCCAAGGCUGCUGCCGCCGAGAAGGGUGUCCCUCUCUACGCUCACAUCUCCGACCUCGCCGGUACCAAGAAGCCCUACGUCCUGCCCGUUCCCUUCCAGAACGUCCUGAACGGUGGCUCCCACGCCGGUGGCCGUCUGGCCUUCCAGGAGUUCAUGAUUGUCCCUGACUCCGCUCCCUCCUUCUCCGAGGCCCUCCGCCAGGGCUCUGAGGUCUACCAGAAGCUCAAGACCCUUGCCAAGAAGAAGUACGGCCAGUCCGCCGGUAACGUCGGUGACGAGGGUGGUGUCGCUCCCGAUAUUCAGACCGCCGAGGAGGCACUCGACCUGAUCACCGAUGCCAUUGAGCAGACCGGCUACACCGGCAAGAUUUCCAUUGCCAUGGACGUUGCCUCCAGCGAGUUCUACAAGGCCGAGGAGAAGAAGUACGACCUCGACUUCAAGAACCCCGAGAGCGACCCCACCAAGUGGAUCACCUACGAGCAGCUCGCCGACCUGUACAAGCAGCUCGCUUCCAAGUACCCCAUUGUCUCCAUCGAGGACCCCUUCGCUGAGGAUGACUGGGAGGCCUGGAGCUACUUCUACAAGACCUCCGACUUCCAGAUUGUCGGUGAUGACUUGACCGUCACCAACCCCCUCCGCAUCAAGAAGGCCAUCGAGCUCAAGUCUUGCAACGCCCUUCUCCUCAAGGUCAACCAGAUCGGUACCCUCACCGAGUCCAUCCAGGCUGCCAAGGACUCCUACGCUGACGGCUGGGGUGUCAUGGUCUCCCACCGCUCCGGUGAGACCGAGGAUGUCACCAUCGCUGACAUUGCUGUCGGUCUCCGCGCUGGCCAGAUCAAGACCGGUGCUCCUGCCCGUUCUGAGCGUCUUGCUAAGCUCAACCAGAUCCUCCGCAUUGAGGAGGAGCUCGGUGAGAACGCUAUCUAUGCCGGCAAGAACUUCCGCACCUCUGUCAACCUGUAAAUCAUAGUCCAUAAAUGACUGCGCGGGAUUGAAAAGGCACGAGAAAAAUGGAUGGUCAAGUCUCGCAUAAAGGGCUACCAUCAGUUAUGAUUAUGAAUUUAAUAAAGUCUUCUGAAAUACAAGAGAAUAUUUAAAUAAAUU